AUGAAUCAGAAUGAUAAUGAAAGAAUCAAUGCUCCGAUCGUUCUUUCAUCGGAUAGUGAGGAAGAGAUGCCAAAGGGCGUUCUUGAGGAGCUGGAAGAAGAUUAUGAGCCCGCCAAGAGACGAAAGAUUGAGAAGAUAGACACUAAUGUUAUCACGAUCGAGUCUUCAGAAGAAGAAGAAACAGACCCCGAAAGUGAAGACAGUGACAUUGUCGAGAGCAAAGAUCUCUUCAUUGAUGGAAACAAAGUUGGUCAACGAUGGGCACCGCCGAAGAAAGAAUUGAAGCCGCGCCGUGCGAAAAAAGCUGAGCAAAGGAACGUACUUAUCCGUGACUUUCGUCUGAGGAAUAUGGCCAUGCCGAAUCGAAAUCUCAAAAGCGAAACGCGUCAUCCGAUCCCAGUCGUGAUUGACAGAAGCGUGGCUGAGUUCUUCUACAAGCGAGAUCUAGGUGGAAUUUCUCUGCGGAUGCGACUGCGAAGAUGGCUGCUUGACGAUGAAAUGUCCAUGCAAGAGGCGAACUGUCAUUCAAAACAGUUCGAAAAAGAAGCACGAAAGUUUGACGAGAAGUACUGGAAAAAUGCGGAUGCUCAGAACGUAAUCGGCUAUGAUCCCGAGACCGGUCUUUUGACAGAAAGUACGUUGUAUCCUAACUCGACAACGAAUAUCUUGCCUACGCCUUCAAUCUACGAAUGCAACAAAUCCUGCAAGUGUCAUGAUCGGAAAGUCGUCUACUGUUACAACAGCAUGACCUCGAAAGUAAAUUGCCGAUACAAGACCGAAAUCUUCCUAACAACGGACAAAGGCUGGGGAUACCGGGCGGCAGAGGACAUUCCCGCUGGAGCUUAUAUAACCGAAUACACCGGUGUUGUUCAACCACAUUCGACGCACUUCGACCCGGAAGAUCCAAGUAAGAAGAUUCAAAUGAACAAAGACAACGCGGUGGAGAUGCUCGAUCAUUUCUUUAGAGAGUCACUGUCCCUCGUGGAGGAAAAACACAACGAUGGCUCAAAAGGAGAAUUGAACAAGUUCGAUAAAGAAAUAGCUCGGUGCACUUUGAAAGAUAACGGCAAAAGUGUACGAAAUUAUGAGUUCACAGUGGACCCAGUUCUUGACAUAAUCGAGAGGUUUCGUGAGAAAAAGAAAAAAAGUCCUCUCGAUUGGUUAGCAACAAAGCACGAAGGUGAAAGCCCCUGGAAUGUUGAGGACAAGUACGAAGAGGAGCGUAUCAAGAUCGACGGAAAGAACUCGACCGAGCUUAUGAAAUUGUACGCGUACGAUCAGGCCUAUUACGGAGGAUUUUCGAUGGAUGCGAGUGGUUAUGGAAACGAAGCUAGGUUCAUGAAUGGCUGCUGCAGCUCGGAUUAUUCUAACAUCAUGAUUGUCUUGAUUUACGAUAAUCGGCAAGACCAGCGAUUCCCGAAGAUCUGCUUCUUCACUUGCAAGGAUGUCAAGGCGGGAGAAGAGCUCGAGUUCGAUUACGGCUACGGUGAAAAUUCCAAAUACGAGUGUAAUUGCAACGGCUGCAAAAAUAGGAAAAAAUAG